GCGUGCAGCGACAUCAGCUGUCAGCUAUUCUGACAUGCGCAGUGGCCAGUGCAGUCUGACCAAAGAAUCGGGACUGUAGCGGAGAGACUGUAAUGGGGCAGCCGUCAUUAUCAUCCGAUUUAUCGCAAAUAAGCCUCAAAAUGCUGUGUGGGGAACGGAAGAUGACACAUUGGUGUGUGUAAGUGAUUUCAGCGUAGCCCUCUCUUGGCUUAGCUUGCGGCUUUGGGGCGGCAAGGCAAAGUUUGCCUCGCUGGAAAGGAAGGAACUUCAAUCCGAUCCGCCCGUGUAGUGGCGUGGGGAAUCUGGGUGGCUAGAGCGACUGUUGAACUGGAGGACAGCUAGGCUCGUUCGUCAGUCGCCACCAUGGAGGAUUUUGGGACGGUGUUGGACAAGAAUGUGUGCGAUCUGACUGUGAUGGACGUGUACGACAUCGCGGCAGUGGUGGGCCAGGAGUUUGAGCGCAUUAUCGACCACCAUGGCUGCGAGGUGCUCUCCCGGCUCAUGCCCAAAGUUGUGCGUGUGUUGGAGAUACUGGAGGUAUUGGUCAGCCGGAACAGCCUCACCCCAGAGACAGAGGAGCUCCGACUGGAGCUGGACAGACUGCGGCUGGAGCGGAUGGACAGACUAGAGAAAGAAAAGAAACACAAGAAGGAGCUGGAGCUUGUGGAGGAUGUGUGGAGAGGGGAGGCGCAGGACUUGUUGACUCAGAUCGCCCAGCUGCAGGAGGAGAACAAGUCCCUCCUCAGCAACAUAUCACUCAAAGACUGUCCAAUGACGGACGAGGAUCUGCAGAGGCAUGAAGGCAUGUCUGAGAGGGAGAGGCAGGUGAUGAAGAAGUUGAAGGAGGUGGUGGACAAGCAGAGAGAUGAGAUCCGUGCCAAGGACCGAGAACUCACACUCAAGAGCGAAGACAUCGAGGCUCUCCAACAGCAGCAGAGUCGCCUGAUGAAGAUCAAUCACGACCUGCGACACAAGAUGGGUGUGGUCGAGGCCCAGGGCAAGGCUCUGAUUGGCCAGAAGGUGGAGCUGGAGGCGGGCGCUCAGGCGCGGCAGCAGGAACUGGCGGCUCUGAGACAGGAAGUGACACGGCUACGCGAGCGUCUCCAAGGCGACCAGGAGACGGGACCCGUGCAGGAGGAGCUGCCCCAGGAGCCCGUGGAACAGGUGGCACAGAAGUCCACUGGCACCCCCCCUCUGUGCUCUGGUUCCCCCGUCCUCUCGCCCGACCCCCCCGAAGAAGGGGCGUGGUCAGACGACCCGCCGGGCCCCCUCUACCCCCGAGUAUUGCUGUAUGGGGAGGAAGAUGAGGAAGAGGAUGCUGUAUUGCUAUGGGAGGCGCUGUGUGAUGACGACGCGGCCAAUCUGGACUCCAAAGACCCCAACAGGCCGCGCUUCACGCUGCAGGAGCUGAGAGACGUGCUGCACGAGAGGAACGAACUCAAGGCCAAAGUCUUCAUGCUGCAGGAGGAGAUCGCAUACUACAAGAGUGAGGAGCAGGAAGAAGAUGUGGUAGCCCCUCCCCCUUCCCUGGCAGACAACGCCUUCCUGCUCAUACCCCGCCCACGUCCAGUUAACACCCAACCAGAGUCCGGCAUCAAGCGUCUGUUUAGUCUCUUCUCUAAGCGCCGCAGCGGCCAGCGGCCCGGACAGGAAGUGGGCGGUCCUUGGAGCGGAGGGGCGGAGCCGUACACAGAGCAGGCCCAGGAGGCUCUGCAGCACAUACAGGACUAACAUCAUAACGUUCCCUCUAGUCUAGCCCUUCACUUCAGAUGCCUUCAACACCUCACCCUCCUGCCUACAUGGCCAUGACUCAUACAGCCACCAGGAAGAACUCACUCCACCCGAUAACAUUCACAUCAGAUGCCUAUUCUCCAUACAACCACCGGGAACAACUCACUCCACCCGAUAACGUUCACCUCACAUGCUUAUUCUCCAUACAACCACCAGGAGCAACUCACUCCACCCGAUAAUGUUCACCUCACAUGCUUAUUCUCCAUACAGUCACCAGGAACAACUCACUCCACCCGAUAACAUUCACCUCAGAUGCCUUCAGCACCUCACCCUCCCACAGCCUCGUGCCUACACCCCAUAUUACACACCAGGAAGGGAGAGACUCCACUAACUCAUUACCCAGAGUCCCUCCCAUCACCAUCUCCCACAUACGUACACGCAGGGCGGCCAGACAGUCGACUCCAAUAACUAACUCCCAGUCAGGAGCCUCUUCAACAGCCUCAUCAGCCUCUUGCAGACACUCCCCAUGGCCACCAGGGGCCCCAGUGCUGAGGGAUUAGUAGAGUCCACUUCCUGCCUGUUCCUGACGUAGGCUCUUGGGGGCAGCAGUGCAGAGGGAUUUCCACACCCAUAGACAUCUAUCGAUGUUUAUGUCCCCACCAAUAAGCACUGCACUGUAUGUUUAUGUUCUCUUCCCAGACACCCGCCACUGUAAGCCCCACACAUGCAGACCACCUCACUCACUGCUUUGGCCUAUAUACGUAGUAACCUAAACACAUCCAGAACCAGAAUAACUUACUUUAGCUGGUGAGUGUGUGCCUCGGGUGUUGGCUUGAGGGUGCUUGCUUGUGUUUGAGUGGAUAAUGCCACAUGGACUAGUGAGUGUGAGCUUUGCUUUGCGGCAUGCACAUGUCUGAAUGCUGCUAAGCAUACAGGAGGGAUGUUCUAGAACAUACACAUCAGGAGGUAUGUUCUAUAACAAAAAACAUCAGGAGGGAUGUUCUAGAACAUAAACAUCAGGAGGGAUGUUCUAGAACAUAAACAUCAGGAGGUAUGUUCUAGAAUCUAGAACAUAAACAUCAGAAGGUAUGUUCUAGAACAAGCCGGAAUGAGUCACACAGAUUUACAAAAAGAACAAAGAAAAUGGAAUGAGAUGAGACUGUUAGUUCUAUUUUGGCACAUGGGUGUGGGAAAGAAACGCCCAACACACAGGAGGUAUUACAUGAGCUGCAUUAUGUGUGACUGACGAGUAUUUUUUAUUUUUAUUUUUUAAAGAUGAAAAUGAGCUUUUUUUUUAGAUUUGUGAGUUAGGUAGGUAGAUAGGGAUCAGCAGGUUUGGAUGCAUCUGAAAAUGUGCAUCUGCAGAGAGCUGUUUGGGACGUGGAUAAGGGAAUAACUUACAAACACAUGAAUAUACAUGGACCAGUCAGCUGUGCCUUUGGAGACGGUGAGGGGAGGAUGGUGACACACAAUGGCACUGGAGAGAUGGCCUAUGGACGAUGGCACUGGAGAGAUGGCCUAUGGACGAUGGCACUGGAGAGAUGGCCUAUGGACGAUGGCACUGGAGAGAUGGCCUAUGGACGAUGGACGAUGGUCUCUCCUCUCAAGAGAUGACUUACUAUGUAGGGAAGACGCUUUUUAUAAGAGGAUCACCACGUAAGGAAGAAGCUUUUUGUUUUUUUAAAGGAUCUUUUUGUGAUCUGUGCACAAUGCAGUGGAUGCAUAUACUGAAAGUGAAUAAUAUUAAUAUUUAAUAGAGGAGCAUUUGGAGUUUCCUGUGUGUAAAGGCCAACUGGGCAAUGUUUUCAAGUUGAUUAAUCAUCUUCACAAGUCAGCCAAUGCUUAAAUAAUACAUGAGUCAUUAAUGCUGAACAAAGACUAUCCCCACCUCGCCCGCUGACUGGAUAAAUGUCCCUACAAACCACCAACGUCCUGUGAAUCGAGACAGGCAGGAUUGCUCACCAGCCAUGAUGAAGUCUGACUUUGGUCAUCUCAGCAUACGUUCAAUACGUUCAGAAAUAUUCAAAGCGUGGAGAGGAAAUGAAAAAUGUAUUUUUAUGACUGUAGAUUUUUAGGCAGGCACCUGGAAAACUGCGUAGGCAGCCUUUAACUCUUUGCUCGGUGAGAAAACUUGAAAUUUUGUAUGUGGAGGGGAUGAGAUGAUGUGUGGUGCCCUGCAAAGGCAAAGUGCAGUAACUACGCCCACACUGACACUGAGAACAAAUACCUUCAAAGUAUUGAUAUUAGGAUCAGUUACUGCAAAUUUGACAUAUCAAUAUCUCAGUGGGCAAUUGGGCAAGUUUGGAACAUUAGGCUUUGUCACAAGAUUAGGUUGAGGUCUGACCAUUUUCAGUCUAAACUAAAUUUUGAUAAAAUAUGUAGUUACUGCACUUUGUCUUUGUAGGGCAGAACUCUAUCAGCACGUAGUGGCCACUGCACUGUAGCGGGACAUCAUGAUGAACAUUAGGGGUGGAUUCCAAUCUGCGGACUUCCGUCCUCCCUUGCUCACUUGCCUGCUUGUGACCUCAUGAUGAUGUCACUGACGACAGAAAAUUAAUUCAAUAUCUUGCAAAAUCACAAUUCUAAUGUCAUUUUCUCAUUUGCAAUUGGGAUGGUAAAUGAAAAACAGUCCCCCAAAA